AGCAGCUCGCAGCGGCAACAGUGGCCGGCAGCGAGUGUCACACUGUCACGCUCGAACACACACUGACACCGCACAAGGACUUGCCGCUGUUGGUUAUUUGACUCCUCUUUUGUCCCGCCGCGCGCAUGGCCCCCCUCCUCCUGUCUCUCCGCUCUCUUUAUAAGCAACACGCACAGCGGCGGCGUCGGCGAGGGUGAGAAGCGGCGGCGGGAGUCAGCUCCUCUCCUCUGAGCUCUGCAAGUCUGCAGUGCGCGCGAGCGCGACAGGCCGGGGUGCUGUCCUGUCCUGUCCUGUCCUGGUGGUGGGAGAUGGCGACCGUGCCGUUGCCGUGGCCGCUCGCCGCGACUGAGAGCGUGAGGAGGUCGCUGCAGGAAGGGGCCGCCGGCGCCGCGGCGUCGUACGCGCAGCGAUCCCCGCAGCAGGGGGCGGCGCGUCCCGCGGCCACGGCGAGGUCGGUGGAGACGCUGGUGGUGAUCGUGGCCGCGAUCGUGCUCGCCGCCGUGCUGGCGGGCGUCCUCGCGCGGGUCUGUGGCGGCCGGCACGUCGUGCCGAGCGCCCAAUACCACGACGAGGAAGGCUGGGUGGAGAGGCGCUGCCGGAGCUGCCUCGACAGCGGGCUGCCGCCGCCGCCGCCGGAGCAGGGGUCGUCAAAGACGAGCGAGGCCAAAUAGUGCUUGUGCAUUGCGAUACUUGGGCCUUGUUUAGUUCCGAAAAGACUUCGGUAGUGUAGCACUUUCGUUUGUGUGUGACAAAUAUUAUUCAAUUAUGGACUAACUAGAAUCAAAAGAUUCGUCUCGCGAUUUCCAGCUAA